CCAACACCCCGGUGUGUUUAUGGAGGCGCUCCUCGAUCGUGUCCGUGCGAGCAUGCGCGGCCUGGUGCCGGCCACCGAGUACGACAAGGUGUACAACGACGAGUGCGUGCUCAGCUUCGACAGCCCGUUCUCGCCGGGCGGCCUUUACGUCUCGCUGCGCACCUACCUCGGCUUUGGAGCGCAGCACGUGCAGGCGGCGUCGAUGAGGAGCGGCGAGACGCUGUACGUGCACCUGCAGAAGCGCCGCACGCUGCGGCCCAAGAGCGACGCACCCGACGCCGCGCCGACCAAAAUGGCGCUCGGCGUCGAGGGCGGCUUCAGCGUCGACGGCCCGCAGUACGACGAGUCGACCGAGGCUGCGCUGGUGCUGAUGCCGUCGGGGGAGCGCGUGCCGCUCCCGUGCCAGGAGCUCCCCGAGUUUGUGUCGACGUGCUGCCAGGCGAUCGUCACGCACGUCGGCGCGAUGCAGCAGCGGAAGGAGAGCGCUGUCGCGUGGGAGGCGGAGACUCUGCCCUCUAAGUACGCAGAGGAGCUGGUGCAGCUGCCGCCGCACAAGAAGAUCUCUCCCGACCCGGCGGCGUGGGUGUGCGAGGAGUCGGGCAUGCGCGAGAACCUCUGGCUCAACCUCUCCGACGGCCACAUCGGCUCGGGGCGGCGCCAGUGGGACGGGUCGGGCGGCACGAACGGCGCGCUGAACCACUACGAGGAGACCAAGAAGCACUUCCCGCCGCACGGUUUCCCGCUCGUGGUCAAGCUGGGCACAAUCACGCCGCACGGCGCCGACGUCUACUCCUACGCCGACGACGAGAACUCGGAGGCUUCUCGGGCCCCUCCUGUAGGCAUCGACGUGAUGAGGAUGGAGAAGACGGCGCAGUCGGUGACCGAGAUGAACAUCGCGGCGAACGAGUCGCUCGAGCUCGACAAGAUCACCGAGGCGGGCAAGGACCUCGCGCCACUCACCAGCCGCGGCUACCUCGGGCUCAACAACCUCGGCAACUCGUGCUACGUCAACUCGGUCCUCCAGCUCCUCUUCACGCUGCCCGAGUACCAGACCCUGCACCCCGCCGCGCCAGCCAUCUUCGCGACCGCCCCCUCCGACCCAACCGGCGACCUGCCCUCGCAGCUCGCAAAGCUGGGAGGCGCACUGCUCGGCGACCGGUACAACCCGGGCGGCGACGGCGCGCCGCCGCCGCCGCCCGUUCCGGAGGGCGGGGAGGAGGGGCCGGCGCCCGAGGCUGCGGUGGCGCCGCGCAUGCUCAUCUCCCUCGUCGGCAAGGGGCACAGCGAGUUCUCCUCCUCGCGCCAGCAGGACGCCGCCGAGUACCUCCGCCCCCUCUUUGGAGGAUUUGGCCGCACCAAAACCCCCCCGGGCGCCCGGUUGGGGAAAGGGGUCCCGGCCCUGGGGGAACUUUCCUCCUUUUCCCUCGAGGAACGGGUUAAGGCCCCCGGGCAGGUUGCCUACAAGCGAGUGCCGGGCAGCGCGCUCUCGCUCCAGAUCCCGCUCGAGCUCGCCUCCAACGCCGCGGAGGUUGCGGCGCACGAGGCCAAGGAGGACAAGCGGCAAAAGCUCGACCCGGCGGCGGCGCCUCCGCCCGACGACCCCGUCGUGCCGCUCGCGUGCCUCUCUCGCUACCUCGCCGUCGAGACGCUCGAGAACUUCCGCGGCCACGCCGGCGCCGCCAAGACGACCCGCUUCGCCACCUUCCCGCGCGUGCUCGUCGUGCAGCUCUCCCGCUACUACACCGACGCCGACUGGACGGCCAAGAAGAUGGCGGUGGCGGUGCCCGUGCCGGAGACUCUCUCCCUCGAGGCCUUCCGCGGCGGCGGGCUGCAGCCGGGCGAGUCGCCCCUCCCCGACGAGCCGAACGAGCCGGCGCCGGCGCCGGCGCCGGCCGCCUCGCCGCAGCCGGAUGAGGCCAUCGUCGCGCAGCUCGUCUCGAUGGGCUUCUCGGAGAAUGGCGCGCGCCGCGCCGCGCUCGCCGUCUCGAACAGCUCGCCGGAGGCGGCGACGGAGUGGGUCUUCGCGCACAUGGAGGACGCGGACUUCAACGACCCCCUCCCGCCGCCAGGGAGCAGCGGGCAGGCCGGCGGCGGAGGCGGCGGAGGCGGCCCCGAGGCGAGCCCGGAGGCGAUCGAGAUGCUUUCGGCCAUGGGCUUCACCGAGCGGCAGGCGCGCGGCGCGCUGGCAGCGACGGGCGGCGCAGUUGAGCGCGCGGCCGACUGGCUCUUCUCCAGGACCGACGACCUCGAGAGCGCCGUCGCGGCCGCUCUCGGCGAGGGCGGCGGCGGCGGCGGUGGCGGUGGCGCGGCGGCGGCGGAGGAUGAUGGGCCGGGGGAGUACGACUUGGUUGGCUUCAUAUCGCACAUGGGCUCGAACACGUCGUGCGGCCACUAUGUGUGCCACCUCAAGAAGGAUGGCCGCUGGGUGCUACACAACGACCGGAAGGUUGCCGUGUCGGAGGCGCCGCCCCUCGAGCUCGGCUACAUCUACUGCUUCCGCAGGCGCGACGCGUGAAGGAUACGCCUUCCACGCGCGCAGGACGGGCCACGAACCCGAGCCGUUCGCCGCUGGCCUGGCGCGAAGCGCUCCUCCAUUGUGGCAAUGGCGAAUGCCGAUUUCACUAGCGCCCAGGGCACGCGCGGGGAACUCGAGCAGACACCCGAGACAGGCAGGCACUCUUGCGUCUUUUGGGUAGACAGUGUUCGCAGAUUUGUCUUGUCUAUAUACUAUAUUACAUCAUCUC